ACAGUGACGUCAGCGGCUUCAGGUGGAGCGGCAUCUUACACCUUUCACACGCGCACUUAAACGUGGUGCCGUGCUCACCUGUAAAUAUACGGAAGUGAAGUGAAGAGAAGGGUUAUUGAUUAGGUGAAUGUUUAAUAUUUGUUUAUGACGGACGUUACUGCUUCAUGUAAACGACAAAGGUGUGAUGGAGCUGCAGCGUCACUGAAACGGAUACAGCUGCUGGACAUAGUUUUCUCUUCUGACCAAUCUUCACGUGAACUCUGGAACAACCUCCGACAUGUUCUCCACAACCCGCGAGCAAGACAUGGAGCUGUGGGACAGACAGAAGGAUGGUAACUGCACUGAGCCUUUACUUCCUUUUACGCCUCCUCAGAGGACAUUUGAUUAUGUCCUGGUGGCCCACAAGGUGGAUGAUGACAAAGACCAGAGGGCUCAGAGACAGAGAGCCUUCAUCCAGGAACUCGAGAAGAAAAACAUCAGCAUCACUACACUUCUCCAUGAGAACAAACUGUUCUUCGGCCUGCGUGCUCCCAGGGGGAUGUUUGAAGACUACCAGUAUCUGCUCAAAGUCUCCGACUCCUGCAACCCUUAUUCUGAAACAAGGGGAGAUGUCAGUGAGACUAAAGUCUCUUACCCCCGCAGCCUUUGUUCUGAAACAAGUAGAGCUGUCAGCCAGACUACCAGGAUCCGAAUUGUCCAUUUCAUCCUUCAUCAGACCUUCAUCAACACAGGAGAGAACCUGGAGGAACUGCUGAAAAGCAAUGUGUUUGAAACCGAGUUCUGCCUCCAUGAGAGAAAGAUGCAGAAAGGGCUGACCAAGAAGUGGGCUCGAUGGGCGCUUCUGUGUAAAGGACAACCAAUUAGUGAUGUCAAGUCUUACUUUGGAGAGAAGGUGGCUCUGUAUUACCUGUGGCUGGGCUGGUACACCAGGCUGCUGGCUCCAGCUGCUGCUGUAGGUGUUGUGGUGUUUCUUUAUGGACUUGCCUUUUUUAACACCAGCCCUCUCAUAAAGGAAGUGUGUCACUCCAACAUCACAAUGUGCCCUCGCUGUGAUAACAACUGUAAAGUGUGGCAGCUGUCAGACACCUGUACCUAUGCUAAGGUCAGCCAUCUCUUUGACAAUGAGGGCACUGUAGCUUUUGCUAUGUUCAUGGCAAUCUGGGCCACUACGUUCCUGGAGCUGUGGAAGAGAACCAAAGCCAGACAUGUUUCUCAAUGGAAGCUCUAUGACUGGUCUGAAGAAGAGGAGGAACUGAUUCUGGAUCUAGUCAACGAUCCAGACUGUACACCAAAACAGUUUGUACACUCCUACUUUCGAAGCACUGUGGUCCUCAUUUUGGUAACACUUAUGCUGAUGGUGAUCAUUGGUAUCGCUCAUGCUGUGGUGGUGUUUCGAGUGGUGAUCGCCCCCUUCCUGUCUAUGGUCAGCUGGGAGUUUAUGAGAGAAAACGCCAGCACAGUGGCUAUGAUGCUGGGAGCUGUGCUGCACUAUGUCACCAUUCAGGUCAUGACCCGGGUAAACAGCUGGGUUUCCCUCAAGCUGUGUGAUAUAGAGAAGACAAACUCCCAUGCUGCCAGAGAGAGGAGUUUCACAGUCAAGAUGUUCACCUUCCAGUUCUUCACCCUCUUCUCCUCACUCUUUUAUGUGGCCUUCUUCCUGGGCAGGAUAAACGGCCAUCCAGGAAACUAUGUGCGUAUAUUUCGUUGGAGACUGGAGGAGUGCCAUCCUAGUGGUUGUAUGACAGACCUCUUCAUCCAGAUGGCUGUGAUCAUGCUGCUCAAACAGAUUCUCAACAACAUUGUUGAGUUCACUGUGCCCUGGUUGAAGAACUGUCUGGGCAAACGCGCUGCAAGGAAGCUGGAGAGGAAGUGUAAUCGCUGUUACAGGAAGUCCUGUCGUGAUGAACAGGGACGUGUUGAACCAUGUGACACCUGCAAACUUCAGGACUGGAUGCGUAACUACCACCUGGUCAACACAGAUGCUUUCAGCCUUUUCAACGAGUUCCUGGAGAUGGUGAUCCAGUUCAGUUUCACCACCAUAUUUGUGGCAGCGUUCCCCCUCGCCCCUCUGAUGGCUCUCAUCAACAACAUCUUUGAGAUUCGCCUGGAUGCUAUAAAGAUGGUCCACUUGGAACGGCGGCUGGUUCCCAGGAAGACCAACCACAUUGGUGUGUGGAUUCAGGUGUUGGAGGUAAUCGGUGUGUUGGCAGUGAUCACUAACGGUCUGGUCAUUGGAGUGACAUCAGAUUUUGUCCCACGCCUCGUCUAUCGUUACCGUUUCGGCCCGUGCGUUAAUGGAACCACUCGCACACACUGCAUGGAGGGCUACAUUAAUGACACUCUGUCCACGGCCUUUCUGAGUCACCAGCAAGUUAAAGGUGACUUUUCUCCUGAUCAGAUGGACACAGGUUAUGGCUUCAAUGUCACAUCGUGCAGCUACAGAGACUACAGGAACAGUGAAGACCACAGUCUGACUUCUCAGUUCUGGUUGGUCCUAGCUGUGCGCUUUGCCUUCGUAAUCCUGUUUGAGCAUGUUGUGGUGGUGUGUAAGUUUAUAGCAGCCUGGUUCAUCCCUGACAAUCCCAUUAACGUGAAGAAUGAUCGCCUGCAAGACAAACUGAACCAGCUGAAGUCAGAGCUCCAAGAAAAGAAAGGCAACAGAUCAACAGAUGUUUGAUUUCUCACAGCUGACCUCACAUCUGCUCCCUCCCUGACUGUGAAACAGAUGGAUUUGUAUUUUUAUAAUAUUUCCUGUUGAAUCAAGAGGCUGGUCUGCAACUCCAUUGUAAUGCUGUGUAAAGGUUUCUGCAUCAUGGAAUUAUUGGACUUUUUAUUUCCUCCUGUAUUGUAUAUAACACACCAGCUGGCAGCCAUGCAAUGGUUUUGUAUUAAAAUCUAAGAAAAAAUUUUGUCAUUUAAUGUUAAUAGGUUAACUAAGUUAUGUAGUUAAAGGAGCAGUUCGACAGUUUCCUGACCAGACUUGGAGGAGAAUAGCUUUACUGAACAUUUUCCAGUAUCUCUAAAAGUGCUUAUUGUAUGUGUUCAAUAAGACAAAUGGUAUGCCCAGCACUUGUGGUCUGAAGCACGCAAUGUACACAGUGGUAUUGUAGGUAGUGGUCAGGUCAGAAUAACAGUUCACCUAACCCCCCGUCUCAAUGAACACUGACAUCGCAUCAUUCAGUAGCUCAGUGUAUCCCAUAAUUCACCACAGUUUGCUAGGCCACAUCUGUCUGGCUGUUAGUGGCAAGGAAUCUCUGAGCUGGUUUUACUGACUGUAAUCAUCUGGUAUAAAGACGUUUAAGGGUAACACUUUACAAUAAGGGAACAUUAAUUAACAAUACAUAAUGUAGUAAUAAGCAUUAAGGAUCUCUGAGCUUUAAUACAUUGUGUAAAUACCGUAAUAAACCAUUUGAUA